AUCAACCCGAGGCGCUGCGCGUCAAGACACGGGAGGGGGCGCCCACGCGAGGACGAAAAAAGCCGAUUUCCGCAGACCGAGGCGAGGAAGGUGACUGGCGAAUAAGCCUCGUUCGACUCCACUUCGGAAUCGGAUCUUCGGCGCUGUUCCCGCCUUGCCCUUCACAGCCGCCCGCAGUCCCGCCCCGGGAGGAGGCGGAGAAGCAGAGCAAGGUCAGGCGAGCCUUCCGCGGGCGUCCCUCUCCUUCGCUGGCUUCUAGGGCGCCAUGAGCGAGCAUCGCGGCUGUUGUUCUGGACCGUACGGGCCGGCGAGGCCGGAAAGCAGCGAGGGGUUGCCCUCAGAUGGACUUGAAAAUGACUUAAAAUCAAAUGAGGAACCUCUCUUAAGGAAGAAUCCCCAUCGAUUUGUCAUCUUUCCAAUCCAAUACCCUGAUAUAUGGAAAAUGUACAAGCAGGCUCAGGCUUCUUUCUGGACAGUAGAAGAGGUUGACUUGUCAGAGGAUGUUAUUCAUUGGAACAACCUAAAACCAGAAGAGAAAUACUUUAUUUCGCAUAUCCUAGCUUUUUUUGCUGCCAGUGAUGGAAUUGUCAAUGAAAACUUGGUAGAACGUUUUAGCCAAGAAGUGCAAAUCGCAGAAGCUCGCUGUUUCUAUGGCUUCCAGAUAUCAAUAGAAAAUGUUCAUUCUGAGAUGUAUAGUUUGUUAAUAGACACUUACAUCAAAGACCCCGAGAAAAGGGACUUUUUAUUUAAUGCUAUUGAAACAAUGCCAUGUGUCAAGAAGAAAGCAGAUUGGGCGAUGAGGUGGAUAACAGACAGAGAAGCCACUUUUGGUGAAAGAGUGGUUGCGUUUGCUGCUGUAGAAGGCAUCUUCUUUUCUGGUGCUUUUGCAGCCAUAUUUUGGCUCAAGAAGAGAGGGUUAAUGCCAGGCCUUACUUUCUCCAACGAACUUAUUAGCAGAGAUGAAGGGCUUCACUGUGACUUUGCUUGCCUGAUUUUUCAGUAUUUAGUGAAUAAACCUUUGGAGGAAAGGGUGAAAGAGAUCAUUGUCAAUGCAGUUGAAAUUGAAAAGGAGUUCUUGACAGAGGCCUUACCUGUGGGAUUGAUUGGAAUGAACUGUACUCUGAUGAAACAGUAUAUUGAAUUUGUGGCUGAUAGGCUGCUCCUGGAACUGGGUUUCCCUAAGGUCUUUCAAGCAGAAAACCCUUUUGACUUCAUGGAGAACAUUUCCCUGGAAGGAAAAACCAAUUUCUUUGAGAGGAGGGUUUCAGAAUAUCAACAUUUUGCAGUUAUGUCCCAAGCAAAUAAUAAGAUAUUUACUUUAGAUGCUGAUUUUUGAUGCUGCCUACUUGGGAGAUUGACAAAGCCACACUACACAUUCACCUUCAAUGACAAGAAACAUCUUACAAGCCAAGUAGGGUAUUCUUGGAAUGUUUUAUUAACUAUUAAUAGUUGAUAGAAAAAU